UCUGAAUAAGAAAAGCAAUUUACACUGAUGUGUUACAGUAAUGCUGUGAGCUUUUUAUGAAGUGUUAAACUUUUAAACUGGAAUUGCUGAAUCUGGGGAGCUGAAAAUUCAGGAGUUGGUUAAACUCCCUCUAGAUUUGGAAUGCAUGAAGCCAAAGGAGGCCCUGAAUGCCCGGAUGUCUAUCAAAAUUAGUGUAAUCCAAUACUGAACUAGAGAGACUUCGCUCAGGAACCUGUGUCUUUGGGAGUAGGGAGUUCAGUAACAUUUUGAAGUGGGUAAAUUUACAGAAACCAGGAAACGUAUCAGCAAAUGGCAAAUAAAUUUUUGACAAGGGGAUAGGGAGGGCAGUUGGGGGAAGGGGCUCAUGGACAGAAGACAUUUGCCAUUAUAAACUUCACUAUGGCUGCCCAAUCAAGCUUGUACAAUGAGGAUAGAAAUUUGCUCCGGAUCAGAGAGAGAGAGAGACGGAAUCAGGAAGCUCUUCAGGAGAGAGACACAUACCCGGAAAAUGCCCCCCUCUUUGCAGAACCUUACAAGCUCUUGUAUUUUCCCUUCUCUACUUUCCUGUUCCAGACUAACAAAGAAGAUGAAUUGUCCAGUCGAAUUCAGAACAUGCUGGGUAAUUAUGAAGAGGUGAAAGAGCUAAUCAGCACCAAGUCCCAUCAGAAUCUGAUAGGGAUACCUAAGAACAUUGUUCCUCUGAUCCACCAGGGAAAGCCUGAUCGCCCGUUCUUUCCUGAAAAGACCAGUAGUACAUUACCAACCUCAUUCCAGCACAGCACCCGCCAUCUGGCCAUGGGACCCCCCAGCUUGGCUCUCCCGUCUGCUAGUAACUCCAUUCGCUACCCAAAGACACAAGCAAGAAUGGAACCAGCUGCAAGUUUGCACACCAAAAGCCACAGCUUGUCCAGCGGUCAGAGCCAAGGUCCAGAACAGAGACGCAGUGGUCAGGAAAGCCAUCAUGGUGGUCGCCACAAGAAAAAUGAUAGAUAUGUUGGUGAAAAUGGUGCUGCUGACCUGCAGGCCACCCUCUCAGAGCUUUCUCCCUUACUGUCCUCUUUGUCUUCUCCAGUGGCGCCCCUGUCACCUCUACAUUCCAGUCAGCAUAUCCAUUCCAGGUCACAGAACAAUAACCAAAGUCACGGGCAGAAUUACAAUCCAAUGAAAUCGCCUCAGGACUUUGUGGCAGGAUUGCAUGAUAAUGAAACCCGGGACAGUUCAGCCAUUAAUCUGGCCCAACCAUCUUCUCAGACAUUUCCUCCAGCCUUGCCGCCAAAAAACAGUGCAAUGCAGCAGAAACCUACUGCAUACGUUAGACCAAUGGAUGGCCAAGAUCAGGCGCCAAAUGAGUCACCGGAGCUCAAGCCACUUCCGGAGGAAUACCCUGGACAAACCUUUGGGAAAAUAGCAGAUCUAAAAGCAAAUGCCAAGGCCAAACUAUCCAAAUUGAAAAUACCUUCUGAGCCCACUGAGCAAACCUUCCCCAAUGAAGUCCAUUGCGUUGAAGAAAUUUUGAAGGAAAUGACCCACUCAUGGCCACCUCCCUUGACAGCUAUCCAUACGCCUAGCACAGCUGAGCCUUCAAAAUUUCCUUUUCCAAUAAAGGAAUCCCAGCUUGUUGGAUCUGUAAUACAGAAUCAGAAGCAGUAUGAUGCACCUUCAAAAACAUUACCUAAUUCACAGCAAGGAACAUCAAUGCUACAAGAUGACCUCCAGCUCAGCGAUAGUGAAGACAGCGAUGAUGAUCGGGUCUCUGAAAAGCCACCUCCCUCAUCUGCUCCUCCAAGUGCCUCACAGUCACAGCCUGAGAGUGUGGCAUCAGCACAUUCCAGCAGUGCAGAGUCAGGGAGCACCAGUGACUCAGACAGCUCUUCAGAUUCGGAGAGUGAGAGCAGUUCAAGUGACAGCGAAGCAAAUGAGCCACCGAGAACUUCUGCGUCUGAGCCUGACCCACCAACAUCAAAUAAAUGGCAGCUGGACAACUGGCUAACCAAGGUGAACCAACCAGCAGCACCAAAUGAGAAUCUCAGUGAGGUUGUCCAUAGACGUGAUCAUCAGGAGAGCAAGGGGCAAGGGAAAAGCAACAGCAGCAGCUCUCAUGAACGUUCUGAAUCAAAUGAGUUGCACUCCAAAAACUCAAGCAAAAUAACCAGGCCUCCCCAGGCGGUACAUCUUCCCAGCAAACGGACCUGCCAGAAGUCUCCCACGCGCACUGAGGAGCCCUCUCAGAGGCCCACAGUUGGUACCAAGAAGCCCAGCAAGGUCCCACUACAAGAGGCUCACAGGGGAAGUCUGAAAGUGGAAAGUGAGCCUGGUCCAUAUGGGGUUAAAGACCAGUCUUCCAGAGACAAGCCAAAAGUAAAAACGAAAGGGAGGCCAAAAUCCAGAGAUAAAAAAGAAUUGAAACCACCGGUGCAAGAGCCCUUGGAAAAGAAAAAGCAUAAGAGCUCACACCAAGCCAUUGCUAAAGCAUUUUUGGACCCUAAGCCUGUGAAAGACAUUGUGGCUGGCAGUGCCCCAGAACAUUUCCCCCUCAGCCCAGUAGCUCAAAGCCAGAAGCCUGCCACCCCCACCAGGACUAGUGGCAAAAAGCCUGCCGUUGUGGUCAGAGAGGACUUCCAUAGAGACAAACUUCUCUUGCCUAUCAGGGAUAAGACAUUAUUAUCGCCCCUGAGGGAUUUCCCAGUCCCUCAUGCUCUUGUGGUUAAAAUUGAGCUGUGUCUCCUUUCAAGAAUUCCACAGCCACCUGGGAAAGGGAGUCGCCAGAAGAAACUUGAGGGUAAAGAGCUCUCGAGUUCGAGGAAGCAGGAUUUGGAAAAGAAAAGCACAGAAACUCCUAACAAGUCUCUCAAAAAGAGAAAGGGAGAAGUGGAGAAAGAGCCUGAUAAGAAGAAAAUCAAGUUGGAGAAAGAAACCAAAUCAUUGUUGUCUUCAAGUCACAAAGACUCCAGUAAAAUGAAAGUAUCCAAAUUUCCAUCCGAGACACUGAAGAAGGAGCUCCUGCAACCACCACCGUUGCCACCAAUGUCUGCUGCGCAAUCUGCCCAGAAGCCAGCCAAGAUGGCACAAAAGAGACACAAGGGCGAGAGCAGCACCUGCAGCCAGCUGCCUGACACCAAUAACCGAACUGCCAAGAGCAAGAGCAACCACAAGGAUUCUUCAUCCUCCAAGCACAGGAAAGUGGAGGGGAAGCAUUCUGAACAUUCUAAAAGCAGCAAAGUAGGUGGACCUUCAGGAGAUGUCAAAAACCCAUUCCCGGUGCCUUCUUUGCCAAAUGGUACCUCCAAGCCAAGGAGACCUCAAAUCAAGUUUGAAAAACAACAUCCGAUGGAGUAUCACAUAGAGGAGGCCAAAAGACUGAAGCACAAAGCUGACACAAUGACAGACAAGGUUGCAAAGGCAUUUCAGUACUUGGAGGCUGCCCUUUCCUUCAUCGAGUAUGGAAUUGCUGUGGAAUCUGAUGCACUGACACCAAAAUCAGCAUACACCAUAUUCACAGACACCAUAGAUCUCCUUAAAUUUAUAAUGACAUUAAAAUCCUUUUCAGAUACCUCGGCAUCUGCACAUGAAAAAAUCUUUGCUGUUUUGUGCAUGCGCUGCCAGUCCAUUCUGCACAUGGCAAUGUUUCGUUACAAAAAAGACACUGCAGUAAAGUAUUCCCGAACUCUCAAUGAACACUUCAAGAAUUCUUCCAGAGUCACGCAAGCACCUUCUCCGUGUGUUGCAAGAAGCACAGGCACUCCUUCUCCUCUUUCCCCGAUGCCCUCUCCUGCCAGCUCUGUGAGUUCCCAGCCAGGAUCAAACGCUAGCAACUGUGGCAGUGGAGGCAUUGGUUCUUCAAUCAACACCCUACAUAAUAUCCCAAGCAUAACCUUUUCCUAUGUCAACAUCACUUCCUAUAUCCUCUAUGCCUAUGAUAUUUGGGAGCAAGCUGAUGCAUUGGCCAGGAAGAAUAAGGAAUUCUUUGCCGAACUCAGUACAGCAGUGUGCCCUCUGGCACUGAACAGUAGUAUGACUGAACUGGUACACUACACUAGGCAAGGUUUACAGUGGCUGAGACUGGAAACAAAUACACCUUAACUGGUGCUCAGGGUGGUUAAUGCCUUGAACUUUUUUGCACUUUGGAAGCCUCAGAAACAGUCUGUCUGGCUGAAUUGUUGGAUACAAAGCACCUGGAAGGGAAAACAAAGCAAGAUGGAAGGGAUCUAACUACACUGGAGAACUUUUGAACUGUGUUUCUAGGGUGGCACUUGGCCACCUUGAAGAGAUGAAGGGAGGCCUCAGAGUUGAUGAUGCCUGUCUUUAAAAGGACAAAGUGCAAUGUACUGUCUGAAAGGUUCAAUGUGUUGGUGGUCUGUAAACAUUUCUAUAAAUGAAUAACCAGCAAGACAAAAAUCACACGUGAAGAAGUGCCGACAAGAAGGAAGUCCACCUCCAAAAGUUAUUAUGCAACAUCUCAAAAGCCACAGCAGUCACAUGUCUAUCAGAAAGUUCAGAGAAGUGUUUUUGCAAGCCACAGCUGCAAUCAAUGAUGUAUGUUCUUCUUCCUCGGAGUUGGGAGGUCAGGGGGAGGACAAGACCUGAACAGAACCAAACAGCAUUAUGUUAAACUAGAAACAGCAAAGCAAUCUGCCUUGCCCACUUCCUAACCAUACCCUACUGCAUUUAUAAAUCAGCUGUUGUACUGAUACUCUUGAAACUGAUUGCAACCACUGCCUUCAGCACUGCAAGUUCACUUAGUAGAUCACCAUUGCUUUGAUUUUUUUUCUCCUUUCUACACACACACACACACACACACACACACACACACACACACACACACACACACACACACACACACACACACACACACACACACACACACACACACACACACACACACACACACACACACACACACACACACACACACACACCCCAAACCAUUAACUCUCAAACUGUUUCAGUUGUGGUACUUAGUUUGGGCCUCGUACAUCAAACACAGUUGGGGUCGGGAAGUUAAGGAGCACGUAAGGAUUGUGCUGUUUUCCUCUGAAAGGAAGGCAGGGAGUUGUCACUGUGCAUCCUCUCAGAUUGUUGCUGAUUAGGUAUGAGGGGGAGGGAAGGUAAGGGACAGUCAGAAUGGUUCAGUCAGAAUGGUUGUGCAAACAUUAUGCUGAGUUGCAGAUCUUUAAAUCAGGAGGAAUUGCUUCUGCAUAAGGUGGUACCUGCUUUCACUAUACCUGGAAAUAAAGGGUCAGUUUUUUGCCCUUGGAUAUUCACACAAUCACAUUGAUUUUUUCAGUGGAUAUCUGAGAGCAGGCUUGGCACUGAAGUCUUGUAACCCUCAUAUGGGAGAUACUCCCAUUUCAUAGCAAAGCUAUAAGUUUUGCCCAGCAACUCAAAAUCUAUCUUCAGAGGAACACAAAUGAGAAUACUCAGCUAUUCUUGUUAGAUUUGCAAGCAGCUCUUCUUUACCAUAAGUUGUGUUUUUAAAGAUAUGAUUAUGCAGAUGACAGUAACACUGAAGAAUACAUUCACAAUAUUUUUAUAUCCAGUUAGAUGGCAAAGAAUUCCUAUUGUGUAAAGCUUUCUGCCAUCCUCAUAUCUAAUAGUGUGCCUUAGCUCUCCAGUCCUCUCAACCAGCACUCGACUUAUGCUAGAUUGCUGGGAAUGCUGAUGCCCAAAUGAAUUGUGCAUAUCAAUUUUACAGAAAGGAAAACCUUUGCAAUGAAUUGGCCCCUUUUCCCCAUUGUAAAAGGAAGCAUUUGCACAUACCGUGUAUCCAUAUAGAAACAGAUCUAUACAUGUGCUGUAAUGAAGCAAUACUCCUUCUCCGAGGUGCCUGUUGAGGGUUUUAGGGUUCAAUAAAAUAUAAGCAAGAGGUCUGAAUUUCCAAAAGCUGUUCCUUUUAAAGCCGUGUCCCUGACCCAUGUAAGACUGGGACAGUCCCUUGCAACAUGAGGCCCAAGAAAGCUCCCCUGUAGAUAGCGGAAGGGAAGCAUGCGUCUUUGGAGAGCCUUCUGAGAAAACGAGUCCCCACCUCUUGCAUUAACAGAGAAAUAAGCACAAGAACAUUCCAUUCUCUCUUUUCCUCUGGCUGCACGGAACCUUCAGAACCCUCCUCAUGUCUUACCACUUUGUUAAAGCCGUAGUUCAUUUCAGGGAUAAGCCAUCGUAACCAUUGGAAGCAAGUUCCAUGUUUCUCUCCCAGUUUAUAUAUAAUAAUAUAUAUACACAUGCAUAUUCCUUUUGGAAGGCAUAACUGAUUCAAAUAAACACACGCAGUCCAGGGGUUUAUUAAUGUUAAUUUUGUUCUCAGGAAGCAUGGGAAGGACAUAGAAAAGUAAGGCCCUUCUGCACACUUCGGAGCCUGCGAUCUGAUACAAGUAUAACUAACAAGCUGGAGUUCCAGACUGAUUGAUUGAAAUCCUCUUCUUAUUUUUGUCUUGCAGUGCAGCUUGCCUUAAUGUCACAUGUGAGGAGGAGGGGAAAGAAAGGGUUAUUACCACCACAUGACUUAGGAAUCAGUAUGGGACUCUGCAGGAGCCAGAGGAGACUCUUAGGGAUAGAUUUAAGGAUAAAUUGAGGACCCAGAUUCAGUGCGACUCCCAUACAUCUCUCCUGCAGCACCCUCUCCACCCUUCAGAUAGCCACUUCCAUCCCAACACAGACAGACUCUCCCUCCUAAACAAGAUGGCCUAGCCCAACUGGAAGCAGGACUUCGGUUGUGAAUUGUGCUGAGGCCUGCUAUUUUGCUUCUGACUUACUGCUCCACCUGAAUGCCCUCUGAUCAUCGACCCCAGAUUCCAAGGGACUUGCCUAAGCCCACCUGUGAACACUUUAUUAAUUGGAUAGUGCUAUUCCUACAAGAAAGCUAGCUAAAGGGAGUGGAAGGGCAAAGGCCUUGUCAAGAGGAGAUCCGCUUAAUGCAGAGGUGCUGCUGCCAGCUGCUGCCUUACAGGAUUAUUUACGAACUAUUAAAAAAGAAUGUCGAACCAAGCCUUCUUGUGAUAUAUGGGGCCCAACCCUGCUCCCAGUGAAUCUGGCAGCAAACCUCCCAUUUACUUCAGUGGGAGCAAGAUUAUGCCCAUAGUCAGUACAGGCCCCAUAAGUGGAAAGUAAUCAGUAGGAGCAAACUACAAAUCAGAAAGCUAUAUUCUAUUAUUUCCCUUUGUAGGGACUCCAUAAUAUUAGUAAUUGGGAAGAAAUGCUACCCAUCUUCAGCCUAGAGCCAGGUUCGAGGCCCAUUUAAGUAAAGGGAAAGAUAGACAUUGACUUCAGUGGGCCCUGGGCCAGGCCCUUAGGGAGGAGCAAGAAAAAAAUGAAAUAGUAUUUGCCAUUGCAAAAAAAGAAAAGGUGGAGAUAAGAGCGAGUCCUGUGAGGCGUGAAGGGGGCAGCAGUCGCAAGGCAGCAGCCUUCCCAUGCAAUAUUUAUUUAGAAGUAAUUAAUGUAUUUAAAUUGUCAAAUAUUCUAUAUCUAAGCUGCCAUUAUUUAAUAGUUCAAAAGCCCCAUUCACACUGGAGACAUGGAGCUCUUCUGUAACGGAGUCAGAGUUUGACUGCAAUAUUGUUUAAAAAGGCAAAGUCCUUUUUUGCUUUUGUUUGUUCUUGUCCCCAUCCCUCCCCCAGCCCCUCCUUUGUUCCAGGUAUAAAUCUGUACAUAUAAAUUUAUUUUGGGGUGUGUCUCCAUCAUGUAAAUAACCUUUUCUGCCCUGUGUGUGAUGGAAUUUCCAAACUGAUUGAUUCAUUCAUGUGGGGAAAUAAAAUAAAUAUUAAAUGAA